AUGUCGCACCAGACAGGAAUCAAAGGUACUGGAUCGUUGCGUUGCAACGUCAAUUGCGACGUGUUUUCAAAAAUCUAUGCUAUUAACCUCAAAAUGUGUAUGCGACGUUGAAACGGUAAUAACAACAUGGUUCGGUUUCAGCGAACGACGCGCUUAAAAAGUUGUUCACCAAGUGUCGGGAUGGAAAGAUACGAGUCUUGAAGGUUUCCAUUGAGAACGGUAAGUGUUUCCUAGUCCUAGUGUGAGUAGUGUGAAUCUCAUACAGUUUACACAUAUUUUCAUAAGUUCCUUUGUUUUAUAGAGGAACUAACACCUGCUGCUUCUUCCAAGCCAAUAAACAAAUGGCAGGACGACUACAAUAAGAUGAUCAAACCGUUGAUCAUCGAGAAUCAACCUGCGUAUAUCCUUUAUCGACUUGACACUAAAUCUGAUUCUGGUUACGAUUGGUUAUUUAUCUCUUGGUCACCAGACACUGCUCCGGUUAGGCAAAAGAUGUUGUAUGCGUCGACCAAAGCAACUUUGAAGCAAGAGUUUGGGACUGCAUCUAUAAAGGAGGAAUUGCACGGUACAGUGCCGGAGGAUAUAACUUUGGAAGGAUAUCAUAAAUACAAAAGAAACAAUGCUGCACCUGCGCCAUUAACAACUGCAGAGGAGGAAUUAGCAGAGCUUAGAAAGAACACGGUCACUACAGAUUAUAGUGUAGAAACAAGACAUCAAACGUUAAGCGGUGUUGCCUUUCCUGUAACUGAUGAAGCAAAGCAAGCGAUCACAGAGCUUGGUAAAGGUAUACAUGAAUAUGUACAGUUGAAAAUCGACUUAGAAGAGGAAAAGAUACAUUUGGUCAUGGCUUGCGACGUUUCGUUGGAUAAAUUGCCAACAAAAGUCCCAUCUGAUUCUGCUAGAUACCAUCUUUAUAAUUUCAAGCACACCCAUGAAGGAGAUUAUAUGGAAUGUAUAGUUUUUAUAUAUAGCAUGCCAGGAUAUAGUUGCAGUAUUAAGGAAAGGAUGUUAUAUUCAUCUUGUAAAGCUCCUUUGUUAGAGCUUAUUCAAUCACUUGGAGUUAUUAUAACGAAAAAAUUGGAAGUAAAUAGUGGUGAGGAAUUGGCAGACAUGUUGGAAGAUCCUCCAACCAUAAAAGAAACAGCUGCAAUAACUCCUGCAACUCCAUCAACGCCUUAUGCUCUUCCUCAAUCUAUACCCGAGAAAAAGUCAAAGCAGAAGAAAUCUUGUAUUUUGACUUGAAAUAGAUGAUGGAAGAGAACUAACUGAAGGAUUUUUACAAGAGGAAUUACAUCCAAAAAUCAGUUUGCAUCAACCAAAAUUUGCGAAACCUAAGGGUCCACCAGGCAGAGGGGCAAAACGUUUAACCAAGGUUCAAGAUUUAGGAACCUCAGAACAAGAAAUUUAAAGAAAUAUUUUUCAAAUUUAUUGAGUUAAACUAUGAGUUAAACUAUGAAAAUAUAUAGUAUGCUCAUCAGUCGCCUAAACAUAUUGUAUUAAAAGAUGAAUGUUUCGCUUUAUUUUACUUUUUUUUAAUUAAAGAGUAUUGUUUGUUUCAUAAUUUAAGAACUAUUUAUAUAAACAUAGUUUGAAUCUUAGAAGAAAAUAACUAAAUUUUCUUUAUUUUUAAAUAUCAGGCCUAUUCUGUAACUAUGAUUUCAAAUCUAUAUUUACAUUAUAUUCAUUUAUAAUUUAAUACACAGAAUAUCGUUAGCAUGUAAAUAAGAAUUGUUCUUAAUGACAAUUGUAUUUUUAUUAAUUCAAGUUGAAUAUUAUAGAUAAAUUAUUAGAUGAAUUACAUGCGACGUGUGAUUGUAAAGUUUGCUCUUUCUCUUUUGUUAAUUUAAAAUUAAGGACGAUACGAAUAUAUUCUUUAUAUUUUUCUUGUAUUUAUUGAAUAUAAAUAUCAUUAAAUAAUAUUUUCUGUAAUAAUUGGAUAAUAUUUACAGAAGAAAGAGUAAUAGAUAAGAAAUAUUGAUUUUUUAUUAAAUUUUUAUUUUUUAAAUUCUUACUUUUCACUUUCAAUCAUUUCUCUCAUUUUGUAGUUCUUCUCAUACACUAUUUGCAUUUGCGAUUUUUCUUCCGAGUUCAUCUUCUUUACAUUUUCUUUUAUUGCACUAAAAUACGUACAAUUUUUUCAUUGUAAUGUUUAAUAUUGAAAGUUUUUAUUCUGAAGUUUAACUAAAAUAAGACUUACUCUCGUCUCAUAUUCAUUAUAUCGGCCAUUACUUUAUAAGUAUCACCUAUCUGAGUUCCGGUUAUAAAUAAAAGAAAUUGUGUGAUACAGCCAUAAAUAGUACCCAAUAUUGUACCUAUUACAGUGCCUGAAAUUGAUCCUUUUAUACCCAUAUUCAUUUUGAAUAAGAAACCUGUUACAGCACCACCAAUCAUAGGAUUUAGUAUGUCGAAUUUAUAAUUUCUAUACACGUACAAGAAUACAGAUAUGCUCCUGAUAAAGAACAUUAUAUUAAUUCAUACUUGUAACAUUAAUUGUAUAAUACAAUAUUAUGUAGCCUUACGAGAAAAAGAAGCAAAAAAGCCCAACUUUUAUGCCAAAUGGAAAACCUCCUUUAAUUGUAGCAAAUUCAACUCUUCUU